AUGGCGCCCAAAAUCGGUGGUCAGUACCCGAUCUGCGAUCCGGACUCCGGUGUCGGCCACUGCUGUAAUAAGUGGGGUCUUUGCGGCUCCGGACCCAUGAAUUGCCACGCACCAUAUGUUUUACCCGUCGCUAUAAUUUGCGGUCAUUAUUACCGACAAAACUGUGACAGAAAUGAUAAAACAUUUGUCCCGAAAACUCAAUUCCCGAAACAAUGGCCGAUAAGAAGGGCCCGUUUGGACGAAAGCAAACAAAACCAACAAAACAUUUACAACAAGUGUUUGCAAUCGGUGGCUAAAGUGGGCACCUCUUCGACCUUUGGCACCGGCAUUAUUGUCCGCACCGAUGGUCUCAUCGUAACCAACGCUCAUGUGGUCAACGAUCUGUCUUUCGUAGGUAUUUCUCUCGCCAAACAGUUCACUGCUCGUGAGCUGUUGGUCGGGGAGACGGGUACUGAUCCCGUAGGUGUCAUCAGAGGACAGGUUGUCUACUGUGAGCCGCAGCUGGACUUAGCGCUGGUCAGGAUAUACGUAAAGCCGGGUGUGUUGACAGCUAUGGCCUUUCCGGACAUACCCGCGCCUAACGUAGGGCAACACGUGAUGGCGAUCGGGAAUCCGAGGGUUGACCACAGUUUAGAGUUGGGAGUGAUUAACGGUGUGGACGACAGGGGUGUGGAUGUGAGCGACAGUUACGACCAGUACUACCAUAUGCUUAUUCGGCCCAAACAUCCGUAUAUAACACACACGGCUUUAAUUAAACCCGGAUAUUCCGGCGGUCCUCUCAUCGAUAUGUCUGGCCGUCUAAUUGGCGUCAAUUUUGCCGGUCGUCGACAAUACAAUAACUUUGCCAUUUAUUCCUCUGAAGUCAAAGACUUUAUGGACAGAGGAUUAGAGUUUGAGAGACAGAGUCUGGAGAAAAAGUGUUCGUUUGUUAAUAAGAAAGCACUGGGAGUUGAGUUACGCCAAGAGCCACAAGGGUUUAGAGUCUGUGGCUUUUCGUGUCAUAAUUCAUUGAAUAACAUAAAUCAAUUACAAAUCGAUGAUAUCGUACAGCAAAUCAAUGGUAAAGAGUUGACAAGAAUUGGACAAUUGAUUGAUGCGCUCAAUAACAUGAAUGAUAACCAGGAGUUGAGAUUACAUGUGCUUAGAAAGGCUGGUAAUGUACAGAACAUUGAUAUUAUACCACAUUUUGGCGAUAAGUAUAUCUCUUGUGUUAAAGUUUAG